CGCCCCGCGCGCCCGCCGCGUCCCCUCAGCGACCCCCGGCCCGGCCCGAUCCCGAUCCGAUCCCGAUCCCAACCCCGCUCCUGGUCCCGGCCCGGCCCCCCGGGGGGCGGCCGGACCCCCCCCGCCCUGCGGAGCGGGGAGCGGCGCCGGGCAUGCGGGCGGUGGCAGCGGGCCGCGAGGUGGGAUGCUGUCGCGGAAGAAGACGCGGACGGAGCUCUCCAAGCCGGGCGAGGUGCAGGGGAAGUACGUGAAGAAGGAGACGAGCCCGCUGCUGCGGAAUCUGAUGCCUUCCUUUAUCCGCCACGGUCCGACCAUUCCGAGACGCACCGACAUCUGCCCUCCCGACCCCGCAUCCUCUGCCUACGCCCCCGGCGGCGAUGGCAUCGUCUCCAGGAACCAGAGCUUCCUCCGAACCGCGGUGCAGAGGCCGCCUCACGAGAUAAUGAGGCGAGAAAGCAACAGACUGUCUGCACCCUCCUACCUGGCCAGGAGCUUGGCCGAGGUGCCCAGGGAAUACGGCUCCUCCUCGCAGUCCUUCCUGGCGGAGGCCGGCCCCGGGCUGGAGAACGGCGACGCCGGAGCCCGCGGCUAUUACUACGAUCAUUUCUACGAUGCCCAGAGGAGACGUCAGCUGAACGAGCGCCUGCACGAGGACUACAGGUAUUAUGAACACAACAGUGAUCUUUUCCAGAGGAUGUCCCAGAAUCAUGGGAGGCACACUUCAGGCAUCGGGAGAGUUGCUGCUACAUCUUUAGGAAACUUAACAAAUCAUAGUUCUGAAGAUUUACCUCUUCCUCCUGGCUGGUCAGUGGACUGGACUAUCAGAGGAAGGAAAUAUUACAUCGAUCACAACACCAACACCACGCACUGGAGCCACCCCCUGGAGCGGGAGGGGCUCCCGCCGGGCUGGGAGCGCGUGGAGUCCGCGGAAUUCGGCGUUUACUACGUGGAUCACAUCAACAAAAGGGCUCAGUACAAACACCCCUGUGCUCCCAGCGUUCCCCGCUACGAUCAGCCGCCCCCCGUGUCCUACCAGCCGCAGCCCCCGGAGAGGAGCCAAGCCCUGCUGGUCCCUGCCAACCCCUACCACAGUGCUGAGAUCCCUGACUGGCUGCAGGUCUAUGCCAGGGCUCCUGUCAAGUACGACCACAUCCUCAAGUGGGAGCUGUUCCAGCUGGCCGACCUGGACACGUACCAGGGCAUGCUGAAGCUGCUGUUCAUGAAGGAGCUGGAGCGCAUCGUGAAGCUCUACGAGGCGUACAGGCAGGCGCUGCUGACGGAGCUGGAGCAGCGGCAGCAGCGGCAGCAGUGGUACGCGCAGCAGCACGGCGCCAACUACUGAGCCCGCCCGCGGCGCGCAAACUCUGAAAGGAAAAGUGCUUCUGUUGAAAAGGCAGCUUAUUUUUGUUGACGUUGCACCUUUGUUAUUAUCCUCUUGAAUAUUUUUCUACAUGUAUUAUGUGUUGUUUAUAAAAAAAAAAAAAGUGGAAAUUGUUUGUUAAUCUUUUUUUUUUUUUGCCGUGCCGGGUGUAGUUUGUUAUCCUGAGAAACCGGCGGUUCCGUCGGUCCCUGAUCCCGGAUCCCUUUCCUGCAGUCAGCUGCAGUAUUAAAAGCUGGCUGUGUAUUUUUUAAGGGCAAUAGAUGCAACUGUCACGUCCUGGCUUCCAAACGUUGUCCAAAUCCAGAUGCCUCGUUGAGGGUAUUUCCCUGGGGAUUUGGGAUCCCUCUCCUGAGAGAGCUCUGCUCUUUGUUUACAGCUUUAAUGUACAGAACCAGCCCCGGGCCUGUUCAGUCACACCAGGAGCUGAUUUCACCCUUCGGAUCCGAGCGCUUCGCGGAGGUGAAGCCCGAGUUGCCUUAUUUUUUACUUUAGCUCAUUAGUACUCCAGAUUCACUCCUCAUUUUCACACAGAUUACUCCGAGGGGGAACGCUUGUACCUUCCUAAAGACCAAGAUCUCUAAGCAGAGUGGUUUUGAUGCUGCAUUUCCCAAAACCUGACCCGCUCCAGUGGAAAGGCAGCAGCAUUGUCUGACCCACUGUGCCACCCCAGGGGGAAAAUCAGGGAUGUAACAGCAAUUACUGUUUCUUUUUUUCAAUGAGCUUUUGUCUUAAAGCUCCUCACUUGGGGAAAAUCUUUAAUUGUCCAGUUACCCUCUCCAGUAAUUUCAUUUGGUUCAUUAAUUGUCCUGAUAUGUUAUUUAUGGGUUCUUUUCAGUGCAAUAAACACUGCAGACAAAAAAAGUACAUUUCUUGUAAAUCCUAUGAAUUCAAUAAAAAUCAUUUUGUUCAAUGAA